AGUGCAUGAUUGAUUUUCAUUUUAUUUACGUGCAUCACUCACAAAAAAUGCGCCCUAAAGUACGAGAAGCGACGGACUUCAGGGAAUGUGGCCCGAAUUAUUGUUUUAUCGUAGAAGGGGAGGAAAUUUGCAUUAUUUUUCAAUUUAAAGCAUAAACCACCCUUGCUAAUUAAGUCCUUGAUUGAUUUUCAUUUAAUUACGUGCAUCACUCACACAAAAUGCUCCCUUAAGUACGAGAAGCGACGGACUUCAGGAAAUGUGGUGCGAAUUAUUGUUUUAUCGUAAAAGGGGGAAGAAAUUUGUAUUAUUUAUUAAUUUAAAGCAUAAACCACCCUUGCUAAUUAAGUCCCUGAUUGAUUUUUAUUUUAUUUACGUGCAUCACUCACACAAAAUGCACCCUUAAGUACGAGAAGCGACGGACUUCAGGAAAUGUGGUGGGAUUUAUUGUUUUAUCGUUAAAAGGGAAGGAAAUUUGUAUUAUUUUUCAAUUUACAGCAUAAACCACCCCUGCUUUUUAAGUCCGUGAUUGAUCUUCAUUUUAUUUAUUAUCACACACAAUGCGAUUGUUAGCUAGGAGAAGCGACGGAUUUGGGGAUUUUCCAGUAGUGGAGGUACAGCCUGCUCAAGACACUCGCUUUGACCGUGCGCAAUAGUCCGUCUAUUCGCGCGGCAGCCGGUAAUUGUACGACAUUACGCACACAUGCACUGAUUUGGGCACCAUGAUUACGGAAGCGCCCCAAGGGGAAUUGCACUCCUCAACGAUUCCUUGAUCGAUCAUAUCAUUCAAUUUCUUCCGGCAAUUUUUUUUGUUUUGCGCGCGGAAGGCGGAGGGUUGUUUCUUCCUGAUUUCGGUAGUCGGCUCUUUGAUGGUGGUCACUGUCGUUCGUGGAACUUCUUUUCGGACGCAAUGGUUGAGGAGUCGAUACGCCAUACUGACCUGGAAUGUCUCAUUCGGUCUCUCUUCACCAGGGAUCUUGACGACGAGGGCUCGCUUCUCACUGAUGAAGAGUUUGGUGGCUUGCUUCUCCCCCUGGUCGGACGCGAAGACAGUUCGCAGGUCUCUCUCAGCAAGGUAGUCACUUCUUCUCACGUGGUGACACAAUCUUUCAACCCUUGCCACCAGAUACCAGCGAUACCAUGCAAUAAUAAUGCACGGACGUCAUUGCUGUUGCCGCAGUACCUCGUUGGGCAUUUGGAGAAUCAUCACGUUUCAGUUUCUGGCACCAUCUUCAGCACGUGGCAUUUCAGUUUUUAGUGUCAUUUGUUUUCUGCAAUUGUGCGAAUUAAAAAUUGGCACCGGACCACUACUAUGUACCAAUGCCUUGCAUCUAAAAUAAUGACACAAACAUGCUCAUGCGUCAUCUCAGACCGGACAGCACUUUUGAUUACGCUUAAGGGAUCUCAACAUCGUAAUAAAACCGUUUAUUACUGCUGGGGCACGUGUUGAUAAAACGUGACGUAAAUCGGCCACAACUUGUUUUAAGAAUUUAAACGGAAAUACUUUAGAAUGUUAACAUUUUAAUGGCGCCUGGCAAACGUUCAAUGCAUACUUUGGGAGUAUAAAAAAAGGUUUUACGACCCAAGGAAUUUCCUAUUAAUAAUCUCGCGAACUUCGAAAUUUGCGAAUGCUUGUUUACAAAAGUGCCAAGUGCACAAUUCUGGAUAAUGCGUUCAGCUGGCCAAAUUUUGCACAUUUAGUUCAAUCACAAAGUGCUUUAAAUAGAAGUGCCAAUUUAUUUUGCAUCAAUUAUGUUCGCCAUUACCAUUGAUGAAGAUGUUCAAUUGGACGCAAUGCAACGCGCAUGGCAAUCCAAACGUGUCCCGUCGUUAUUUGAGGAACCCGCCGACUACCAAGAUCUUUUCUCCCCAUUGAAUCAGAACAAGAGUCGUUGUUCUUCGCCGGCUCCUCCCCUAAGCUGCUGUGACGCAACCGUCGAGCAUGACGUCGCCCAAGAUACGGUUCAAGAGGUUCUCUACGAGGAACCGCACGAAAAGUCCCAAACUCUGGACGCAUCGGUGCUGGGCGAUCUACCAGCGAGCUACAGUAUCCACGGCCUCAAGCCUCAUCAGCAGCCGGUCGUCGGGGUCUACAUCGACAGGCGCGUCUGUCCCGGUUUCAAGUAUAAGGUGCAACCGCUACCCGGCUCCAAGGAGGACGAUGGACUGCCGUACCUUUUCGAUGGGAAGGCGCUCACCCUGAAGAGUAUCGGUCGAGGCUACGCCCGACGCUUCACCUUCGAGUCCGAUAAGGGCAGGUUCAACAAUGAAAACUACUUCUGGAGCGAUAACAGGCCUGAGGGUUUCGGUUUUGAGUUAGAGUUGGUCUCUGACGGUGACAAAUUUACUGUGUUUGAUGCUAAUCACGAAGCACAAGGCACUUUGGAAAUUUUACGCAUAAAGGGCGCUCAGAUUGAACUUAGCAGCGAGGUUGUGCCUGAGGGUAUCAAGAAGAAGGCAAAAAUUAACUUCACUGGUAAGGUGGAGUUUUACGAGACCGGUGUUGCCAAACCUAUGCCGAUGUUCGGUGUUGCGACCUGCGUUAAGGCAAAGGACAAAUCCUCAGCCCAACUCAUUAAAAUUAGUAACGUUACCAUUAAACACCAUCGCUAUUAUUUGACGCCCGGCGUGAAUACGAUUCAUAGAAGGGUCACUGUUCGCGGUGACGAGAUCGGUGACAUAAAUACAAAGUACACCAUGACAGGUCUGGAGCAUUACGAAAUUCCAGUUGUAGGUACCUAUGUGGACCCGAGGGUUGUGCCCGGCUUCUGCUACAGAGUUCGCCCCAAUGACCGAAAGGACCACUUAUUCGACGGUCGCGCUCUUCGGUUGUGCAGCAUCGGAAUGGGUUACGCGAAGCGUUUGACUUUCGCUCCCGACUCGCUAGUCUCCCCCGACAAUUACUUAUGGUCCGACAGUCAUCCCGACGGGCUAGGACUGGAACCGAGAGCCGUACAUACGGGAAUGAAAUUUUCAAUUAUGGCCGGCGAUCAGCAGCUCGGCGAGGCGUCCGUUUUCAGAGCCGACGCGCCGCAACAAGAAGAAAGAAUGGAAAGGGUACCCACCCAUUCGGGCAAAUGUGCCAUUAUCAAGUAUAUACACAUAAACGUCACGUGCCACGUGAAGUUGGCGAACACGGGCGGCAGGUCGCCCGAAAGAGACGAAUAUCUGAUGAGGGUUUAUGGUUUGGCGGUGGUGCGAAAGGAUCCGAAUACUAGCAUCGCGUACGUCGAAAGGGUGGAAAAUGUAGGUUUAGAUUCACAAUUGAAUAUUUUAUUUGCCUGCACCCAUACUGAGCUAGUAUUUUAUCCUUUGCAUUAAGCGCCUGUCUAUUUUUAGUGUUAUUUUGAUUUUGUACUGAUUAGUAAGCAAUAAAAUACUUUUUUAACGAU